CUUGUCACCUCCCGUUCAAUCUUCGCCAGCUCAGCGCUUAUAGCCAUCUCUCUCCCCUCGCUACCAAUCCACUAUUUUUUUUCUCUUUUUGCAGGUCGCUUUAUGUCGGGGAGCUCGUUGGGACUGACACCAACACCUCCUGCCCAGCGCCAAACUCGGUCGCGCUCAACAUCAGUGCUGCCGACAUCGACCUCCUCGACUCCGAAACAUGGCAUGAUGCCCAAGCAAACACGGCGAAACUCGUUACGAAUCCCAAUCCAACCUCCAGACGUUCCGAUUCCCCCUUCACUCCUUCACUCGCCUUACCUACACGCACCAAAAUUCCACGGCGAAGAAGCUCCUCAUCUCCCAAGUGAAGAAGACGAAAUAUGGUUGCAGGACACCGUCCCACUCGGAUCGAGUUCUAGCGCAGACAGCGCGAAUUGCAGAUCUCCAUCUGCAAGGAAUCUAAACCCUUUGCCAAUUACACCACCGGCAAGGGCCAACACCGUCGCUGGUCCCCGAGGUGGGGAUCCACAGGUCGACCACCAAGCACAGAUAAACCACCUUAUCGGUUCGCCCCCGUCAAGGGGCUCGGGCCUACCCAUCUCGACCUCACACCCCGACGCCAGGAAUUACUACUACAACCACAACCAGGGCACCGGGGCACCAUAUAUCAGCGGGCCUUUACCACAGUCUGGCUCGCAGAAUUGGAGGAGGACAUCUGCGGGGUACACAACGCGACCUGUACCGAUAAGUCCGGGCUCCUCGCGGUUUGAUUUGCCUCAAUCGCGGUCAAUGUUCGCAGCGAUGCCCACCACUCCAUCUCAUUACUUCGAUGUCCCCUCUAUUCGGUGA